UUUUGGUAUGCUAACAGAAACAGUGAUCUAGCUCCAUGAAAAAGGUAGCAUAAAACAGCCAGGUUGGCAUAGAAAUCAGUGCAGUGUAAUCGUGUCCAAGUUACUAAUUAGAAAAAAAAGAUGUUUCGACCGUGCCUCUACUACUGCUGUAUACUGAUAGCAAUAUUCUGUUGGGUCCAGCCAUGGUUAGUUGGCGCAGCACCACAAAAAGCAGGAGAAUUUUCCCGAUCUAUGGGUAUCGAAAUGACGGCUAGUCAGCAUGGAGAAUGUGUCACCGAAACCGGUGUCAGCGAGGAGUCUAUAGCUCGGUUCAACGGACCGGAAAUAUUCGAGGAUGACGACAAACUCAAAUGUUACAUGGAUUGUAUGUUUCGCAAGUUUGGCGCAACCAAACCGGACGGCGAAGUUGACAUGAUUGAGGUUUAUCACAAAAUUCCAAAAGAGUUUAAUUCAGUUGCGCUGAUUGUCAAUAACAAGUGCCGAGACGCAAUCCAAGGAGCAAAUCAAUGUGAACGAGCCUUUUCGCAUCACAAAUGCUGGAAGCAGAUGGCACCAGAGCACUACUAUUUGUUUUAAGUCAACGCUAUUCAUGCUGUAUUACGUUUUUUUUAGUUCACGUAUCAAAGAAAUAAACAUACAAAUAAAACAAUGA